UAUGAUUGCUACUUUGUUUGUGUCCCAAUAUAAAAGGCUCCCUCUACAUACAUACAUACAUACAUAUUAGAAAAGCAAUAUCAAUUAUCAAGUGAUAAAUAAAGAAGAAGAAUUUAUGGAGAAACCAAUAAUCAAACUCAAAGUAGCGGCUUUGUGUGGUUCUCUUCGUAAAGCCUCCUUUCAUCGUGGACUUAUUACUUCUGCGAUUGAGUUGAGCAAGGACCCAAUUUUCAAUGGGUUAUUAGAGAUUGAGUACAUAGAUAUCUCGCCUUUGCCCAUGCUCAACACUGAUCUCGAGGUCCAUGGAACUUAUCCGCCGCCCGUCGAAGCUUUCCGCCGAAAAAUUCUAGAAGCUGAUAGCUUUCUCUUUGCCUCACCGGAGUACAAUUACUCCGUCACUGCACCUUUGAAGAAUGCAAUGGAUUGGGCAUCUAGGCCACCAAAUGUAUGGGGUGACAAAGCUGCAGCCAUUGUGAGUGCUGGAGGGGAUUUCGGGGGCGGUCGAUCGCAAUACCAUCUUCGUCAAAUCGGAAUUUACCUAGACAUUCACUUCAUCAACAAGCCUGAGUUUUUCUUGAAUGCAUUCAAAUCUCCUAUGCCAUUUGAUAGUGAUGGCAAUUUGAUUGAUCAAUCCUCUAAGGAGAGGUUAAAAGAAGUUCUUUUAGCUCUUCAAGCAUUUACUUUGCGCCUUAAAGCUAAAUAAAUAAGCCAAUUUAUGUGAAAUAAUUUUAGCAUUUUGUCUUUUAGUAUAAAUAAGCCCUAUUUGGGAUUCACAACUUUUUUAUUAUGUGCUGUUUUCCAAUAUGCUAAUGAAAUUUAUGUUUUUAA